AUGCAAAAAGAGCCAUCUAUUUCUGAGCUAGAAAACAAGCUGAAAGAUAUGGUAGGACCGAGUGGGGGCUUACAAGAAGUUCGCUGGGUUAAUCCUUAUGUAAAUUUGCUCAAUGAAACUAAAUAUCCAGAAGGGCAUGAUUUUUUGCUUCAGGCACUAAUGAGGUCGACAGUAAACUCAAAGAUUGUGUACGAUAAGUUUGCAAAUAUCGGAGGUUUGGAGUUUUUAGGAAAAUUAAUAAAAGACUACGACAAAAGCGAAGAACCUGAAGCGAAAUCCCUACUUCACACAAUCAUUGCUUGCCUAAACAAGUUCACAAUAUCCGUAGAAUUAUUAGAAACGACGAAAAUUGGCAAGGCCCUAGGUGGUCUACUAAAACACCCUGAUGUCAGCAUUCAAAAUAAAUCUGGAGCUUUGAUAAAGAAUUGGAAAGACAUUUUAUUGGCGCCAAGUGAGUCAGCACGUCCGCCCAAACCCAACUACAAUGAGACCAAGAUAGAGAUCCCUAAACGGUAGUUUUUAUUUAGACAAAAAGUUGAGGAGGACAUUAAGCAAGAAGAAUCUGCUGAAUAUAUUAUUGAACAAUAUAAUGAAAUUGAUGAUUAUUCUAACAAACAUGUGAGGUAUGUUAAUAUUUUAAGUGAACUAAGCCUAAUUGUAAUAGAUGGGUGGAUGCGGACCAUAUGGAAAACGUAA